UUGGCGCCGCCUCACACUGCGGCGCCGCUGCCGCCACCUGGCGACGCUGCUGCGAAGGGCGAUGGCGGCGGAACGGCUCCAGCGGUGGUUCCGGGGGCUGCGUGACAGAAGGGAGGAGGAGCUGUGCUUCCUGACCAAGAGGAGGGCCGUCGUCACCAUACAGACCUGGUACAGAUCGCUGGUCGCCACCAGGAAGACUCGCGAGGAGUAUCUGAGACAGAAGGAAGCUGCCCGAGCGGUUCAAACAUGGUACCGGUCACUGCUCGCCACGAGGAAGACACGCGAGGAGUAUCUGAGACAGAAAGAAGCUGUCAUAAUACUCCAGACCUGGUACCGAUCACUGAUUGUUACAAGAACCACUCGUGUUGAGUAUCUGAGACAGAAGGAAGCCGCCCGAGUGGUUCAAACAUGGUACCGGUCACUGAUCGCCACCAGGAAGACUCGCGACGAAUAUCUGAGACAGAAGGAAGCUGCCCGAGCGGUUCAAACAUGGUACCGGUCACUGAUCGCCACGAGGAAGACACGCGAGGAGUAUCUCGGACAGAAGGAGGCUGUUAUGAUACUCCAGACCUGGUAUCGAUCACUGAUUGUUACCAGAACCAUUCGUGUUGAGUAUCUGAGACAAAAGGAAGCUGCCCGAACGGUUCAAAGAUGGUACCGGUCACUGAUCGCCACGAGAAAGACACGCGAGGAGUAUCUGAGACAGAAGGAAGCUGCCCGAGUGGUUCAAACAUGGUACCGAUCACUGAUCGCUACAAGGAAGACUCGUGAGGAGUAUCUGAGCCAGAAGGAAGCUGCUCGAACGAUUCAAACAUGGUACCGGUCACUGGUCGCCACGAGGAAGACGCGGGAGAAGUAUCUUGGACAGAAGGGGGCUGUUAUAAUGCUCCAAACCUGGUACCGAUCACUGAUCUCCGCGAGGAGGACUCGCGAGGACUGCUGGAGACAGAAGAGAGCUGCAGUGACUGUGCAGACCUGGUAUCGCUCCGUCCUCGCCAUGAGGAAGGCUCGUGACAACUUGGUACGAAUGAAGCUAUCUGCCGUCACCAUCCAAACGUGGUACCGUGGUGUCCUCGCCAUGAGGAGCACUCGUGAGGACUACCGGAAGCUGCUGAGGACAGCAGUAGCAGUCCAGAGGAAGUACCGCUCGCUCGUCGUCAUGAGGGGGGCCCGUCGGGAAUACCUGAGUCAGAGAGGAGCUGUGAUAACCAUUCCAGAAGUGGUAUUGCUCUGUGCUCACCGUGAGGAAGGUUCGUGAGGACUAUGUGAAACAGAGGUUUGCU